AAUGAAAUGCAAUGUGGUGUUUUGUGACAACAAACUUCGUAGAUAAUAUUUCGCAAUUAUUUUUAAUUUGUAUCAGUACUAAAUGAUUAAAUUGUUUGUUGAUGCGCUCUCUGUACAAAGAGCGAGACGAGUCAUCCGACCCGAUCUGGUAGCAAUAGUGAGACAAGUGCUUGGCAAAAUUGCAAGUAGUCGUGAGUGAACCGUUGAGCAGCAUAAACGCUGUUCAUUAACAAAAAUAUAAAUAUUUAAUGUUAUAAUACAUAUAGUAUACAGAAUUUAGGAUGUCAUCCAUAACCGAUCAGAAUGAGAAUGAAGCGGCAGAAAUAAAACCAGGUGUAGGUUUUGAAAAUCCAAAAUGGUUAACGGCAGAACUAUUUGAAAAUGUUCUUAACGAGUAUAUUCCGAAAUUUCGAAAAAUCACACGUUUCGAAGCUAAGCCCGCAUUAGCUGCUGGAGAAAACUAUGCCACUGUCAUGCUACGUAUUCAUAUAGACUUUGAACUAACAGAUACAUUAACGGAUUCGAUCUCGCUCAUGAUGAAGCUGCCACAGGAAAACAAAAUUCUUCAAGAUAUGAUGCGCAAGCAUAACAUUUUCGAAAUCGAGUACAAAAUGUAUCAUGAAGUUUUACCCGAGUUCAAGAAGAUGUAUCUAAGUGCCGGAGUCAAUGCAAUGUUUUCCGCAAAUUGUUAUAAUAUCGAUACACCUUCCGAGUUUGGUGUAAUAUUAUUGGAAGACCUUCGGCCACUUGGUUAUAAGAACGCCAAUCGAUUGGAGGGUCUCAACUUGGAGCAUACAAAGGCAGUGCUUGAGCGUUUAUCGCAGUGGCAUGCUGCUUCGGCCGCACGUGUCGAGACUAAAGGCAUAUACCCGGAGAUAAUCGCUAAAGGUAUGUUUAGCGAAACACAGCGAGAAACAAUGGAAAAUUUCAGUGCAACAAUUAAGCCACAAUUUUUGUCCUCUAUAAAAACAAUUGAGGGUAGCGAAGAUUAUAUGGACGACUUGGUGAAUGUUUUACAUAAUAUUACCGAUUUAUUGUUCAGUACAUCAAAGUAUGAUCCAAAUGAAUUUAAUGUUCUGAACCAUGGCGAUUGCUGGAGCAACAACAUCAUGUUUAAAUACGAUGAAGAAGGCAAAAUUGUAGACGCGGUACUCAUCGACUACCAAAUGGUGAAUUAUGGCUCUCCGGCGAAAGACUUGCUGUACUUCUUGCUAUCGUCUACUGCAUAUGAUUUAAAAGUCAAAGAAUUCAACUAUCUUAUUAAAUUCUAUCACGAAAACUUAACGAAAAACUUAACAAUUUUGAAGUACCCCAAAAAAUUGCCGUCAUUGAAAGAAAUUCAUUGUGCAAUUAUAAAAUAUGGAAUAUGGGGUUUAUCAACGUCGUUCGGUGUUAUGGCAGCGGCUUUGUUGGAAUCCAAUCACGAUGCUAAUAUAGACAGUUUCAUUAAUGAUUCGGAUGCUGGUGAACGGUUUAGAAAUUUGAUGUUCUCUAACCCCAGAUACCGCAAACAUUUGGAAAUUGUAAUGCCCUGGAUGAGCAAUCGUGGUGUCUUCGAAGUAUGAUAUGUUAACUACCACAAUCCUUGCGCAUCGAAUGUGAAACACUGAGUGAUUGUGUAAAUAAAAAUAAAUUGAAUAUUUACCAAUGAACUUCAAAUAAUCCAUUGGAACACCAAAAGCUCUGCUGUAAUGCAUCAGUGGACCAACUACUGUCUCUACAUCAGCUCAUUACUUCACGAUCAUUGCUCGGGUUGGGUUAUGGUUGUAACAAAUUGUAUCUCCGUAUAAAUAUCAACUGGAAUAUGUAUAUUAAAUCAAACUUACAUCAUAAAAGUUUUCGUAUAUAUUGCAAGUCAAAAUAUUGUAUUCAAAUUUGUAAUAAAAAUUAAUUUUACAAA